AUGGAGCUUCCCUGUGUCAUUGCUGCCCUUCUGCUGCAGUUGAGUCUGGCAGCAAUGGCGCGAGGGUCGUUGAGGCACGCUCGCGCUGACGCGAUGGAGGCUUGCUUCGGUGGUGCUGCAUCGAAAGUUUACAGCUAUGAGGCUUGCUGUGCCUGCGGCAACGAAUAUGGCAACUCGUCAGGACGGGGCCAUUGCUGGGUUGGACCCUUCGAUUUAUCUUACUGCUGCACCUUCUAUGCCAGUGACGCGCGCCUGUUGCCACAUCUGCCUUGCUGGCGGAACGCCGAUGGUCCCAAACGCCGGGUGCAGUUUGAGCUUGCUGGGAGAGAGUGGACACUCUGGCAGAAGCCCCGGGAGCCCUUCGACACACGAGGCAUCACGGCGCACGUGAUGUGGCCUUCGGCCUACGCUUUGGCCGCUUGGAUGCUGGACAAAGAAGGGACCGCCGCAGAUGCCAUCGUAGGAAGGCACGUGCUUGAGCUCGGCUGCGGCUUGGCUCUGCCAUCGCUGGCGGCCGCCUGGGGAGGUGCGGCCACGGCCCAAGGCACCGACAUCGAUCGGGACGCGGUGCACUUGGCUCGGAGAGCUGCCCGGGCCAAUUUGCCGGAGCCCUUUUUCUCGCGCUUCCGGGCGGACGCCUUGGACUUCCGGGACGCGGCGUCCGUGGCGACGGUUUCGGAAAAGUCGCCGAAGGUGGACACGGUGCUGAUUUCCGGGCAGCUCUACGAGGGAGCUCUGAGCGUCCCUCUGCUGCAUGCUCUGCAGACGCUCUGCUCCCGGCAGCUCUGCACGGUGCUCAUGGUAUUCUGGAUCUCGAUUGAGUUCUCAGACACGCAGAUCGCGUUCUUGGAUCGCAUGAGCCAAGUGGGCUUCAAGGUAGUGGACGACUUCGCUUGCCGCGAGCGUGGCUAUGCGAACCCGGGUUCAAUGUACGAAUGCUACAGGUUCGAAAAAAGCACCUCCUCUCUCGGUAUGGUAUAG